AUGAAUAUUGGUGACGUUAAUAGUAAUUCUAGUGAGGGUAAUGAUAGUAAUGGUGAUAAAAUAUUGAAGUUGGCACAAGAGGCACAUGACGUGUUGAUAGCGUUUAUGCGAUAUGGCAAGAUGGGUGAUGGUUGCGAGAGUAGUACGACGUCGUUGGAGAGUGGGAAGGAUAACUUGAGUGAGCAGAAGGUAGAGCAUUGGAUUGUUAAUGACUCGAUCAUAUCGAUCGCCAUCUAUACCGAAGGAAACGGCAAAACAAAGUUUACAACUGCCACGGCAUCAGAAAGUGAUCCGAGUGUUUUGAAGACUAGUACAAACACUCAAAACAGCAAUGAUUAUAUAACGGACGUUAGACGAAGGCAUCAGUCUGCAGUGCAUAGGCCUGAAAGGUGUUGUAAACUCACUGCGCAUCCACAAGUCAUAGCAUCUGAAGACAUAUUCUCAUUCUUUUUGAUUUAUAAUCUGAAAUAUGUAACGCCGUACCCGUAUCAAACGAUGAAGCAAAUACCGCCUCGUCCAGCCGCGUUAGAUGAUUCGUAUGCGAUUAGCAAAUCGUCGCCUCGUACCCAGUCGGCAGCCACUGUGACGUGGACACAGAUUGUGGUUCGACACGUGUUCGGAAAGCAGUCGUGGUUGAUGCGUUCGUUGAGUAGUAUUCCCGAGGAUUUCGAUGCCGAAUUUCAUGAUUUAUGUACUUGUAACAGUCAGUGGUAUGUGAUGAUAUAUUUUUUAAGUUGUCGCACGUUCCGUAAUCUCGACCGAAUCUCAGCGUUGGAAAUGCACACGGUUGGAGUGGUUUAUGUGGGGUAUGGACAAACGAAAGAAUCAGAAAUUUUGGCGAAUGUCUACGGAUCAGAACGAUACGCAAACUUUAUUAGGUAA